GGCGUGAAGAUCACUUCGCGAACGUGGCAGCCAAGUUGUGUGACGACAGUUUGUGAAGCGAAGCGUACUCGGCCAGACGGAGAUCUUCAAACCAACAUCAGCAGUGUGCACGUGCAAUUGCCUAUUGAUAUCUUGGUCGGUCGGUCGGUUGUGGAAAGAAACAUUUAGCGAGUGCGCCAUCAGCAAGGAAAGCGUGUGAAGCGUGUGGGCACAUUGUGCGGGAGAAGUAUCAUCGUGCUGUGUUAAAGCUACCCUCUACUACUACUACUACUACCACCAUCACCACUACUACUACCUCUACUAGUUUCUGCGGUACACACACACUCACUCCACUAUGUCCCUACUCGGGUUCAACGAUCCACUGACGGCGAUUGCUUCCGUCAUCACGGGACUCGCGAUUGUACUGUCGUUGAUCAAGUACUAUCUGUAUCUGACCUGCGGACAGUUUAACUCGGCCCGAAGAAUGGACGGCAAAACGGUUAUCAUUACGGGGGCCAACUCGGGCAUCGGCAAGGAGACGGCCCGUGAUCUGGCGCGCCGCGGUGCACGCAUCAUCAUGGCCUGCCGGAACAUGGAGACGGCCAAACAGGCACGAGACGAACUAACGAUGGAAACGGGCAACAAACAGCUCAUCGUAAAGCACAUCGAUGUCAGCUCGCUUGCCUCGGUGCGAGCGUUCGCGAAGGACAUCGUGGAGCAGGAACCGGUGAUCGACGUGCUGAUCCACAAUGCCGGUGUGGCGCAGGGUUUCAACAACAAGGUGACGGCGGAUGGGCUCGAGUUCACGAUGGCCACCAACUACUACGGAAUCUUUCUGUUGACGCACCUGUUGAUCGAACCGCUGAAGAAGGCGGAACAGGGCCGUAUUGUGGUCGUAUCGUCGAAGCUGUACCAGUAUGCCUCCCUGAAUCCGUCCAACAUUAACAGCAUCAAUCCGGUGAACUACUUCUCGCUCUUCCCGAUCUAUCUGUACAAUCUGUCCAAGUUUGCCGAGAUUAUGUUCACGCAGGAGCUGGCACGGCGUCUGAGCGGUACCAAGGUGACGGCCAACUGUUUGCACCCGGGCGUUAUCGAUACCGGCAUCUGGCGCAAUGUGCCGUUCCCGAUCAACAUCCUGUUCAAACCGGUUCAGAUGUGUUUCCGUACGCCGGAAGAGGGUGCCCGGACGAGCAUCUAUUUGUCGGUUUCGCCGGACGUGGAAUCGAUCAGUGGUCAGUACUUCCGGGGUUGCCGGGUGUACGGGUUGAAUCGUCGCGUGCAGAACGUCACCAAGCAGCGGGAGCUGUGGGAGGCUUCCAAGAAGUUGGUCAAACUGACGGAUGAGGAUCCACAGAUCUAAUGGUGCGGUCUAUGGUGUAGUAAAUAAGGUUCGAUAGGAAAGUGUAUGCUCCCCUUUUUUUGUACUAAGCGCAGUGGUUUCAACACACACGAUGGUGUGCAUAUUGUGUGCCAGUGAGUGAGUAAUGUUAAAUAAAGAAAACAUAAAAAUCAUUUGGAUA